UGGUCAACUUUUGGUGAUGUCAUACUUCAGAGACCCUGGCGACGGCGAGGCUUGAAACUCUCAUCUCGACUCACUAAAGAGGACAAGAUAUAUAUUCGUCAAGUUGCAGCUCAUCACUUUGACAAAAUCAUGGAUGUCCUUCAACAGGUGCCGAGACCAAUGUUGCUCUUUAUCCGCAAUCUAAACUUGAUCCGUUCCAUCUGCCGCGUCCACGGAGAUCCUGUGGACCGAUAUCAUCUUAUGGCGGCUUCCGCAAUUUUGGGUGUAUAUUUGGAUAAUGACAAGGAUCCGGAGAGUCAUCCAGCCAAGUAUGCUGUUGCUCUUGACCUUCCUUGGCCUUAUCGCAUCAUAGUCGACAUGACUACGGCCAUCUACUAUUGGAGAAUAAAAAUUGAAGCCUUCACGUUGAUACUGGACGCAUGUCUUCUGCAACUUCUACAGACGUUCGGGCUGGCUCCAAGUCCGGAAGAAUUGGCAGCCUUGUUUGCACAGGCACGAGUAUCCGGCCCCCAAGAUGACCCGAAACCACCGCCCUCUUGUCCGAUGCACUCCAUGACGGUCUGA